AGCACAAAACUACUCUUUUUAUAGGAGAUUGAUGGAAAAUCAAAGGCACCGUUUGGUUCUAAUACCGCCACCAUUUCAAGGUCACUUAACUCCAAUGCUUCAAUUAGCCAACACCCUUCAAUCAAAAGGGUUCUCCAUCACUGUGGCACACGCCCAUUUCAACUCCCCUGAUCCUUCUAAUCACCCUAACUUGCUUUUUCUACCUUUGUCCUAUGGUUUAUCCGACACACACAUCUCCUCCAAGAAUAUUGUGGAUAUUUCCGCGACCUUAAAUACCAAGUGUGUGUCUCCACUUAAAGAGUUUUUAGUUGAUCAGAUUGCAAAAGCAAAUAUAAGCCAUGAAAAGAUUGCUUGUGUUAUCUAUGAUGGAUUAAUGCAUUCCAUUGAUCUCGUGGCCAGAGAACUAAAACUACCCAGCAUGGUCCUCAGAACCACCAGUGCUACUAAUGUACUCACCUAUUAUCAUGCGUUUGUUCAUCUUCAACGCACCGGUUGCCUUCCCUUCCAAGAUUCUAAGUCGUUGGAGUUGGUGCCAGAACUUGAACCGCUCCGAUUCAAAGAUCUACUAAUUUUCAAAUUGACAAACUCGGAUGUUUUGCAGCAGCAAUUAGUCAAAACACUUGCUGUGAGGCCUUCUUUGGGCUUUAUAUUCAACACUGUGGAUUGCCUUGAAGAGCAAUCCUUGUAUCAGCUACGCCAUGUGUACAAAGUAAGACUCUUUCCUAUAGGCCCUUUACACAUGAUUGCUGAAGAUUCAUCUAGUAGUAGCUUUGUGGAAGAAGAUUAUAGCUGCAUAGCAUGGCUCAACAACCAAGCGAGAAAAUCUGUGUUGUAUGUAAGUUUGGGAAGCAUAGCUAGCUGGGAUGAGAAAGAGCUAACUGAAGUGGCUUGGGGCUUAGCCAAUAGCAAACAAAAUUUUCUUUGGGUUAUUAGACCCGGGACCAUUGAUGAUGUUUCAGAGUGGCUUCAAUCAUUGCCUGAAGAUGUUACAGGAGCAAUAGCAAAAAAGGGUUGCAUAGUGAAAUGGGCACCCCAAGGUGAAGUUUUGGCACACCAAGCUGUGGGAGGGUUUUGGAGCCAUUGUGGAUGGAAUUCUACUUUGGAGAGUUUGAGUGAAGGAGUGCCAAUUAUUUGCCAACCUCAUUUUGGGGAUCAAGGGGUAAAUGCUAGGUUGUUGAGCCAUGUAUGGAAGGUAGGUCUAGAAUGGUCCAAUAUCAUAGAAAGGGAUGAAAUAGAAAGUGCAGUGAGAAGACUUAUGGAGGAUUCAGAAGGGAAGGAGAUGAGGCAGAGAGCAUUAAAAUUGAAGAAUGAGAUUAGGCUAGCCGUGCAAGGUGGUUCUUCCUAUGAUGCCUUGAAUGGCUUGGUAAAGAGUAUCCUAUCAGUGAAUCUCUGA